AUGAUCUCCAUCACUUCCGCCGUUGCUCUUGCCGCCUUCUUCGGCCUCUCUGCCGCUGCUCCUACGGAGACCAUCCGGGAUACCCAGACCCCUACUGUUCCCCUCACCGGUGUCACACACUCCGUCGUCGCCGGUCUUGGUGGUCUGCGCUUCGAGCCUGACAAUGUCGUCGCCCAAGUCGGUGAUAUUGUCCAGUACGAGUUCCUCCCCGUGAACCACGCUGUUGCCCAGUCAUCCUUCGGCGAGCCCUGCAAGCCCCUCGCCGACGGCACCGGCUUCUACUCCGGCUUCAACUUCCCCUCCCAGCAGGGCAAGAACCCCAACGUCUUCCAGAUCGUCGUCAACGACACCAAGCCCAUCUGGUACUACUGCCCUCAGCAGAACGGCAACCACUGCCAGAAGGGCAUGGUCGGUGUCAUUAACCAGAACUUCAAUGACCCCAACUUCAGCCUCGCCAAGCACCGCGACCUGGCUGCUCUUACUGGCUCUUCUGUUAUCCCCCCUGUUGUCCAGGGUGGUGCCAUCAAGCCCAACCCCAACCCAUAA